AUGACAAAGGCUGGGCUGUACAGGACCAUCCGGAGGGUCCUGGACAUCGACGGCUGGUAUCUCAUGGCCACUGAGUACCUGGAGUGCCGUCAAUGUAAGAAGAAGGGUGAUCGCACAGCUGAGGUCCCGCACUCUGGGCAACAGUGCUGCUCGGCUGUGCAACACCCUGCGGGAGCAACAUUCAGACGCCUGGAUGCGGAGAGCGAUCCAGUACUUUCGCGCAGCGAGCAGUUCCUGGCCUCGUGCUCGGUGAGGGUGCAGUUUCCUCCACCAUCACCCCAGAUGCCCCGUCUGGCUGCUGACGGUGUACGGCUACGACGUCCUGACGCAGCUGGACGAGUACAAGGCCAGGAUCACGUCCACCUUCGGAACCAUCUUGAAGAUGGAUUCAACCGCCCCCAGCUGAUCUACGUGGACCAUGACUGCUGCAAGAGAGACGGCGUGUCAAAGACAGCUGCCUUGUUUCAGGAGUGGGGACAGCUUGUGGUUCGGCUAGACAUCUGGCACCUGAUGCGGCGCUUCGCAGCAGGUGUCACCACUGAGAGCCACGAGCUUUACCCCACCUUCAUGAGGCAGCUGUCUCACUGCAUCUUCGAGGUGGACCCUGGAGAUGCCCGCCGUCUGACUGAAGCGAAGCGGUCCCAGUUGGAGUGGAAACACGGGAUGGUCGACCUGACUGACGGCGAGGUGAUCCAGAGGAUCUCCAGAGAGGAGUGGAGGCUCCACUGUCGGCGCCGGACGCGUGGGGCGGAGGAGACAGCACUCCUCAUCCAGGACCUCCAACACCUUCGGCGGGCCAGCAGGACGCGACAACCUGGACAUCCUGUUGCUAGACGCUCUCCGCAUCCAGGACAUUUGGAGUACGCAGAUGCGCCACCUCAGCUGCAUUCAGGACCCACUGGGCGUGCUGCUGUACACCCAGACUGGCAGGCUGACAAAGGGCGGAGUCAGCCUGCCGGUUUAUCGCUGCGCGAGGGGCUCCACAUCGCUGGAGUCCUUCCACCUCAACUGGUUCAUCCCAGGGACGCGAGCUAGUGCCAAGCACUUCCAGGCGUUCCUGGUUGAUGGACUGGUGAGGUGGAACGAGGACCGCGCAGCAGCAGCAGCUGGACCCCUGGUUGCAGCUGAGGGACAGGUGGAGCCUCUGCACUCCUACAGUGGCCACUUCAAGCACGUCCUUAACCAGAAGAGCCAAAGGGUGCUUGGCCUUCAGAUGGUUAAGGACGUCACCAAGCCUGCAGAGUACACAGGUAUGUGAUGUGAAAACACUUUAUUCCAACAUCAUAACUAUGAGGGGAAAAGGAGAACUUAACAAAUCCUCUGCUUCCUGUUUUUGCUCUGUGACGGGAGCUCAUCGGGGUGGAGUUCCUCUACUGGCAGACGGGCAGAGUGCUUGAGGACGUCAGCUUGGACCCUGACACUCCGGACGAGGCUGCUGCCAUCCAGUCGCUCGAGGAGGUGGAUGAGGGUAUCGAGGACCACUAAGAAACUACUACUGAUGAUGAUGAUGAUAAUAACAACAAUGUUCGUCCCUCCUUCCUUUUCUUCUCCUCCUGUCUCGUGUUUCCUCUCAGGAGGAGAUGCAGGGUCCUGACGGCCAGCCGGGAUAUCAGCAUGUCCUGAAGCUGGCCCAGGCCCUGCUGGAAGCAGGAGCCUUCAGGGGCUUUCUGACAGCAGGGUAGACAGACUCAUCGCGCUCUGGCAACGCCUGCCAGAGCAGGACAAACAGCGAGUUGUCUACCCUCCCAGACACCGGGAGAGGGACACCUCCUGUCCUGGGAAGGAGAGUCUCCAACGCUGCCUUCUCAGACUGAACCUGAACCUGGUGGAGGCCGUAUGCAGCCAGCUCUGCCGUCUCCACCCCGCGGCCACGCGGUCCGGAGGGAUCAUGAGGACUCGGUGGUUCCUCAUCCUCGCGGACUACGUGGCCAUUAGAGAGGCAGUGCUGGCCAGCCCGAGGUUGAUGGCUCAGACCGAAAUCCAUCUCUUUGAGCUGAACCAGAGGACCCUGUCCCAGUGGUUCUCUCGACGCCAGAAAGAGAGGGGGAGGGCUGUCCUCUGUGCAGGUGGGACAAGGACAGCCCUUUCACUUUGACGUCCCCGAGGAGCAGCCCGGUCCCUCAUAUGGUGGCCUUUUCCCUCCUCCAGCACCGCUCCCGGGUGACACCGUCACGUCUGCAGCCCAGCGUGUGCCCAGGACCACGGCAUACAGGAAGAGGAAGGCAGCUGCUGCGGGGGGGCACGUUGCCCGGGAGCAAAACCCGCUGGCAGACGUUGCAGUACACCUGCAGCAAGUGUGGCCAGCCCAAAAGGAUUGACACUGGCCACACUCGCAUUGCAGGUGUGUCUUACUUUGCGGCUGUCGGUGGAAAAACUGUGGAGGACUGGAGGGAGGAGAUGAAGAGGAGACCAGUGGGGGACUGAGGGACUUUUUAAUUAUUUUAUUUGUUUUAUUUAUUUCAUUUUUUAGCUGUUAAAUGCUCCACUGUGUUCACCAGCUGCUCUCUGCCUGCUGUCUGUUUGCUGCUCUGUUCAGUUCUGUGGGUUUAUACAUAUUGUUGUUAUAAACUUUUCUGUACAAUCCGCACUUUGGAAGCUUUAUUAUUUCUGAUACUUUUGCCAUUUAAACAUGACAUUUAACUGCAACGCGUCAAUAAAACACAACAAGGAUGACUCACGCUGCUGCUGACACACACCUCACAGGUUCAAAGCUGUCUAGUGAGUUCUCAAAUGUGCAAAGUGAUGAAAAGUAAACAAACAUGUAAUUUAUUAACAUUAAUAACAGAACUCAGUUGAGUCUUUCAGCUGAUGUGAAUUAGAACAAAACACACCAUUAAAUCUUCUCGUUGUUAAAACUUUAAUGCUGCAAAUAUGUUCUUGAAACAUGAUAAAUACACAGUGACGAAGCCUGGAUAUGAGCAGCGGAGUCUUCAAUUGCUCAGGAUUGUCAUCAGAAAUAUAUAUAAAUAAAAAAUAAAUAAAGAGCCAAAACAGAGCAAACUCUCAAGAGCACUGUAUUGUCCUCCUUCCUCUUCAUUCUGUACAGUUCCUUCACAUCAGGUCUGUCCUUGUACCAGCUCCAUCUUCAGAGAUUUUGCUGAGGCUUCAGUCUGAGGAGUGUGAGAAUUUAAAAUUUUAAUGAAGGUUGAUUGCCU